GCUUGUACUAUCCAACUGAUAAAUAUUUAUCCCACUAUCAGACGUGUCUUCAGAAUCUGCUGAUUCUUUAUUUGUUUCGCAAACUACUAGCAUUUGCUCCUGUGUUCCACUGCUGGUAGAAGGCAUCGUUGCCAUUGUCACUCCAUAUAGUAGUUGCUGGUAAGAACCCAGGACUGCUGACAAGAAAAAAAAUUAUGUUCUUUUUCCUCUUUAUUAGAGCACAAACGCAUAAAUAGAAAUCAAUUACUCCUAAAACGAAAUCAUAUUAUAUCUUUUCACCUUGUUUGACUUAUCUUGUUUGUGUACUUUUUCUAUAACCAAAGGAAUAACAUUGUAGUACCAAGUUUACUAAAGAAAAUGCAACAACAGCUAGCUAGACAUAUUUUUGCUUUUCGCAGGUUUAAAUAAUUGGCAUCGAUCCAUUUACCUUGAUAGUUGUAGGGUGUUACACCUGACUGUCGGGUAUCACAAUUAGAGACACCUUAAUCGGGGUACUAAGACCGCUUUUAAAAACACAAACACCUGUUAAGGCAACGAGGCCCACGGCCUCCUUCCAAUCUGAAAGAAAGGAAAUGACUCAAUGAAGUCCAGCACGCGGCCCAUUCACAUCCCCCUCGAACCCGCGGAACGAUCUCCGUCUCGCUCGAGGGUCCCUCUCGGGCCUGCUGGACAAUCUCCGCCUCGCUCGAGGGUAGCGGAUCUACCCUCGAGCGGGUGACUUAUUUUCCGUCUCGAUCGAGGGCUCCCUUCGGGACCCUCGAUCACGCAACGCACCUCCGCCUCGCUCGAGGGUAGCGGAUCUACCCUCGAGCGGUGGCUCAUCUCCGCCUCGCUCGAGGCCGUCUCUCAGCACAAGGGACAAACAGCCCCGCCGCCCAACCGCUCGCCGUACGAAGGCAUUGAAAGCCAGCCACUCUGCCACGGCUCAAAGGACAGGCGGCGUCAGGCCACCACUCCCACAGUAGAUGUGACUCAAGAUGCACAGCUGACGCGAGACAAAUGAAAGAUGAGUUGGAGAAAAAGCACAAUGAUUUGGGUUCUGUUGAAAAGGAGGCAGACGAGUUUUUGAAGAAUUCGGAGAAGAAGCUCCAAGAUGCAAUACUCAAAGAUGAUGAAGAAACACAGGCAACUGCGAGGGAAUUGCUGGAACUUGUUGAUUCCAUUGCUGAGCAUAAAGAGUUCAUGGAAGCAUCAAUUGCUCAGAGGCGGAAGGAGCUGGAUGAAGCUGCAGAUUUUAUAGCAUCUUUAGCAUCUGAAUGAUAAAUUGUGAUUCCCCUUCUGAUACUUCCUUGAGGUCUUAAGGUUAUCACUAUGGCCUAUGUCAAGUUCAUUCGACCUGAAGAAGCUAAGUACCUAAAUGUUUAGUUCUCAUUAUUACUUGGUCCUUGCUGUGGCUGUAUAUAUCUCAUUGUGGCGUACAUGAGAGCUUUGAUCUCAUUAUGUUUUAGUAUUGCCGAACAACAUAUCCCAUGCUUAUUACAACCUUAGCGAUAACUUCCUCGUUCAUUUAUCAUGUGAGUGCCUAAUUUCUGCAUUUAUCCUGAUAUGGCUGUAUGGCAUUCCUGCAACUGCAACUACUAUCAUGCUAAGUGUAGAAUUGGAGAUGAUUCUUUUGUAAUUUCGAUCAUGCUAAAGUGUAGAAUUGGAGAUCAUUCUUUUGUAAUUUUGAUGCAAUAGAUCUUUGAUGGCAACGUA